GUGCAGAAGAUCCCUAGUUGUCCGGUGUGGCCGGUUAUGAGCGUCUCUCCGCCUGGUCACAUGUUGCAAAAAACGAGGAGCAGGAGCCACCCUGGUGCCCAGCUAUGGAGCCCCAGCGACUGCUGCCCGGGUGUCUCUAGAGAGAUCGCGAGAGCGUCUGGACACCCUGAUGCCUCGCAGGACACCCCAGGCACCCCGUCGCCAAGCUUUCGUCAGGUCCAGGCCACCUCUGCUCCGGAGCUCUGGACCCAGAAGCAGCUGGAGCUUAAGGUGGCAGAGCUGGUGCAGUUCUUGCUGAUUAAGGACCAGAGGAAGAUUCCCAUCAAGCAGUCAGGGAUCAUGAAACAUGUCGUCCGAGACUACAAAAACAUCUUCCCAGACCUGCUUAAACUGGCUGCAGAACGGCUCCACUACGUGUUCGGGUACAAGCUGGUGGAACUCGACCCCAAGAGCAAUGCCUACAUCCUCAUCAACGCCCUGGAGCCAGUGGGCAAGGAUGGUGAACUGAGAGGCUACCAGAGAACGCCCACCACCGGCCUCCUGAUGAUUAUUUUAGGGCUCAUCUUAAUGAAUGGCCACAGCAUCCCAGAAAACGAUGUCUGGUGUUUUCUACGUCGUUUGGGGGUGUAUCCCACCAAGAAGCAUUCAGUUUUCGGCUAUCCGAAGAAACUCAUUACUGAAGACUUCGUGAAACAGCGUUACCUGGAGUACCGUCGGAUACCCCACACAGAUCCUGUGGACUGUGAGCUCCAGUGGGGUCCGCGAGCAAAUCUGGAAACCAGCAAGAUGAAAGUCCUUAAGUUUGUAGCCAAAAUCCAUAAUCAAGAUCCCAAGGACUGGCCCACUCAGUACUGUGAAGCUUUGGCGGAUGAGCAGCGUAGGGUCAGACCAGAGCCAAAUGGUCCAGCUCUGACCUCUUGAAGUAAACGUUCAGGAUUCACGAGCAUAAGCUAGAAAAAUAGGGAAGAUGGGUGCAGAAGGAGCAUAUUUCCACAAUAAUUAAAAUGUAUUACCUUUAAAA